AUGAACUUCAAGGCAUCCAAGCUUAUAUACGAAAGUUUUAGCAGCAUUUUAGAGCUUGAGUACAAUAGCAUAAUCAACUUAGGUAAAUCCAUUCUCAUUCCAUCAUUCGGCCCCGACCUACUUAACAUAUUAAUCGAGGAAAGUUUAGAGUGCUUUAAAGGUCAAAAGCCGUUAAUAUUAUUCAACGAAAGAGCUAUCGUUGUAGGGGAUAUUCAUGGAAAUUUACAUGAUUUACUUAGAAUCCUAAAAAUUAACGGUCUCCCGCCAGAUACUUAUUACAUUUUCUUAGGGGAUUAUGUUGAUCGUGGGGAAUACUCAAUAGAAGUCAUCUCACUCCUUCUUUCUCUUCACAAUUUAUUUCCUGAGCAAAUUUUCUUACUUCGUGGUAAUCACGAAACACGUGAAACAAAUGAAGUCUAUGGUUUUAAAACAGAUAUACUCUACACAUUUUCAAAUACUGAUCUCUGGGAACAAUUCAACAAUAUUUUUGAUUACUUUCCAAUUGCAGCAAUUAUUAAUGAUACUAUUUUCUGUGUUCAUGGUGGCCUUUCACCUCAACUUCAUUAUAUUGAUGAAAUUCGUGAAUUAACCCUUCCAAUGCAUGAUUUGCCUCCACAAGUCAAUGACAUGCUAUGGAGCGAUCCAUCUGAUAUGUUUGAUGGAUUUUCUGAAGGUGAUCGAGGAAUUGGAUGUAUUUUUGGCCAAAAUAUCACCCAAGAUUUCUUAGACUCAAAUAAAUUGAAAACAAUCCUUAGAGGACACCAAUGUUGCUCGAAUGGAGUUAGAAGUUCUCAUGAUGGAAAAGUUAUCACUGUCUUUUCUUCAUCCAAUUAUGAGAUGACUAAUAACUACGCGGCAUAUUUGCGGAUCGGCUCAAAAAUACACAUCAGAACCCUCGAGAAAGUAAAAAGAGUAAGAAAGCGAAGUGCAAAUUUUCAGUCCGUUGCUCUUCCUACCGAAGAAGAAACAGGUGAUUACAAGUUAACCAACAUUAUUUCGUACAUAUUCUCUUUCUUUGGAAAUAAGAAUAACACCAUUGAGGAAACUGAAGUCCAGUGA